UCUCCAGGAAACCAAACAGCUCUGCGCCAUUACAACAGCCUCACAGCUCAACACAUCAUUUGCACAGUUGAUCACCACAGCAAUGGCUUCCACCAACAGCUGGACCCACGAGAUCGAAUCACCGGUCGCCGCACCGCGCCUCUUCCACGCCGGCGUCAUGGACUGGCACACACUGGCCCCUAAGCUUGCACCACACAUCGUCGCCAGUGCCCAUCCCGUUGAGGGCGAAGGCGGCAUCGGCAGCGUCAGGCAGUUCAACUUCACCUCAGCCAUGCCCUUCAGCCUCAUGAAGGAGAGGCUCGAGUUCAUCGACGCCGAAAAAUGCGAGUGCAAGUCCACCCUCAUCGAGGGCGGCGGCGUCGGCACCGCUAUUGAGACGGCUACGUCCCACAUCAAGGUGGAGCCGGCGGCCAACGGCGGGAGCGUCGUCAAGGUGGAGUCGACGUACAAGCUGCUGCCGGGUGUGGAGGUGAACGAUGAGAUCACCAAGGCCAAGGAGUCUGUCACCGCUAUCUUCAAGGCCGCCGAGGCCUACCUUGUCGCCAACCCGGACGCCUACAACUGAACCAGUCGAAAGGAAACACAUAUGGUUAUGAUUAUGAUUAUGCUAUCCCUGGUUUGAUUUUUGUGAGCUUUCUUCACCAUCUAAUAAAGCCGCUCCAGCCUUCCAAGUAGUGACGCGAGAGCACAAUCAGAGUGUGGACUUGAGAGUUAAAAAGCUGUGUAUUCAGUACGUAUUUGUGACUAACAAAGGGUGCCGUGUUGUCGUUUGAUGA